UUUGCCACGUAGUCUUCAUUUAUUUAUUUUUGUAUUCUUGUUAAAAUUCCUUUUUGUUUAAGUUGUCUCGGAGAAGUCUAUUUAUUAUAGAUAUGUCAAGUUGAAGCUUUAGAGUUUGGUAAUAAAAAGUGCUAAUGUUUUAUUACUCAAAAAUUAAUAUAAAACUAUAUAUAAAAUCUCAAUGUUGAUCGAGUCGUAUCGUGUCGGUGGACCAUGUCGCCGGACAAAAAAAUGGAUCCCCUAAAUACUGACAGUGAGGCGGUCAUUUUCUACGACAUAUCCUGCACAAACGUCAACGAACCGUCUUUAAAAAGGCAAACAGAAUGCAGAAAGAAUCCCAAUCUAGAUAUAGCUCAACUGAAAUUUCUUCUGACGCUGACGGAGCACAAAAAUGACACCGAAUAUUCAAACAAACUAUUGCGCCACAUCGAAGAAAACGAUAUGGCCCCAUUUUACGAACUCGUGUGCAAAGAACUCGAUUGGGAAAUCAAUCGGGAACUGUUCGAUCGGAUGAAAGAAUCCAACGCUAAACGACUUGAUUUGUUGGACGCAGAAAUCGAAUUUGCUCGCGGCAAUUUAGGCGCGAUCGAAGUAAAAGAAGCGUAUCUGGACAAAGCAAAUUACUUGAGCAGUAUAGGCGAUAAAGACGAAACAAUAAAAAUGCUAAGUCAGGCGUAUGCUAAUACAGUGGCGUUGGGUUGCCAGUUGGAUAACGUAUUUCACCGCAUACGGCUGGGAUUAUUUUUCAACGACUCGGAGCUAAUUAAGAAGAAUUUAUCGCGAUGCAAUGAGUUAAUUGAAAAAGGCGCCGAUUGGCACCACAGGAACUGCCAUAAAAUAUACAAAGGUCUGUUUUCACUGACAGUCAGAGAUUUUAUGACAGCGAGCAAUGCAUUCGUCAGCUCCAUAUCGACUUUCGUAUGCACGGAAAUUACAUCUUACGAAGAGUUCAUCAGAUACACCAUCCUAACCUCCAUGCUAACAUUAAAACGGCAAGACCUUUACGGGAAAAUCCUAACAAAUCCUGAGAUAGGUAAAGUGCUGCAUUACAACGAAACUUUAAAAAAGUUUGUCCAUUCGCUGUACCACUGCGAAUACAAAGAGUUCUUUAACAGCCUGGCAGAAAUAGAAAUAAGGAUGAGGAACGAUAUGCUGCUAUACCCUCACUACCGUUUCUAUGUUCGCGAGAUGAGGAUCAAAGCGUAUGACCAACUACUUUGCACUUACAUUUCGGUAAGUCUAGCGUAUAUGGCCGACCGAUUUGGAGUAAGCGAAGAAUAUAUCGAAAACGACGUGAGUAAAUUCAUAGCGGCCAAAAGGUUAAAUUACAAGAUUGACAAAAUCGGUGGAAAACUACUGAACCUUCGCAGCAAUAAAAAACAGGAAAUGUAUGAAAACGUUUUGAAGCAAGGUGACCUUCUCCUGAAUAGAAUACACAAACUCAGCAGGGUAAUAGAUAUUUAAAACAGAUGCGAAUAUGCAAACAUGAAAUAAAAGGU